AUGGGAGACUUACCUAAGCAAAGAGUGCUGCCAUCCAGACCUUUUCUGAACUCAGGAGUAGAUUUUGCCGGUCCUUUUCAAACGCUGAUGUGCAAGGGUCGAGGAAACAGAACGACGAAAACAUACAUAGCAAUUUUCAUAUGCACAGCUACCAAAGCUAUCCACAUCGAAUUAGUGGGCGAUCUCACUUCCGAAGCCUUCACAGGUGCUUUUCGACGUUUCGUCUCACGAAGAGGCAAAUGCAGUCAUUUAUGGAGCGACCAAGGAAGAAACUUCGUUGGUGCAGAUAAGCAACUGGCCGAUGCCUGGAAUGAGGCUAAACUACAAUUUUCUGGUCAUAUCGCACAACAACUAGCUACAGAAGGCACUCAAUGGCAUUUUAUUCCAGCUCACAGCCCUCACUUUGGCGGAUUGUGGGAGGCUGGUGUCAAGUCUAUAAAAUAUCAUUUAAAAAGAAUAAUUUCAACUCACCUUACGUACGAAGAAAUGACAACAGUUUUAUGCCAAGUAGAAGCUUGCUUAAAUUCACGCCCGUUAUGUCCAAUAGAUGACAAUGAUCCAGAUAAUCUCACUCCUCUUACCCCUGGACACCUUUUAAUAGGUGAAGCUCCAAUCGUCGUGCCUUCACCAGACCUCAAGGACGUCAAAAUUUCACCCUUAGCUCGUUGGCAACACACACAGAAGUUAGUACAAGAUAUUUGGCGGCGCUGGCAAAAUGAAUAUCUGUCAAGACUACAACAACGCCCCAAAUGGCUGAAGCUAGAGAAAGAAUUCAAGAUUGGAGACAUUGUACUAAUCAAAGAUUUCACUCUACCGCCAGGGAAGUGGUCUCUUGGUAGAAUUACAGCCAAACAUCCAGGAGAAGACGGAUUGACCAGAGUCUACAGUGUUUGGAGUAGCAGCGGAUCUCAUGGUUCGACCGUCAAGAGACCAGCAGUCAAUUUAUGCCCAUUGCCUAUCAAUUAUUAA